UUAAAUAGCCUUACUUGGUAAUUUCUGAGUUAAACAUUUGUACAGUUACAAAAUGCAUAAUUCGUGGCUCUUAUAUCUUUUCUACGUAUGUUGUGUGCACAUUUCAGUGAGCAAUGGAGGAACAUUUUUAUACAGAACAGUAGUAGCUGAAGAACAUGGUCAACCAGUCAGUUACUGUGAGUGGAACGGUACUCGAUAUUUACCUGGCACCGACUUUAAGGAUUACGAUAAAUGUAUCCACUGUAAAUGCAAUAAGAAAUAUAUGACGUGUAACUCGUUACUUGAAAACAUAUUCCUGAAUACUAAGGACGAUGAACUUUCAGACUGCAAACCCGUGAAGGUAGCCUGUGAAAUCAAAUGGGUUCUCAAGCAGAAUAGGUCUAUUCCGUGUCCUGCGCACAAGAUUCCCGAGCACCAAGCCACAAUUUGAAUUCCAGUUUGUACUUGAUUAUCUCAUUCAUGUGUAAUAAAGUUAAUAUUUAUA